GGAUGACCAUCGUGAUAACCUUAAAAGAAAUAAUAUUUACGGAUAUUCAAAAAAAUAAAUAAUUUUCUUAUCAUAUAUUCCCUUAAACAGCUAAACCCUAACUUGUCGCCGGGAUUUCGUUUAAUAUAAUUAUGUUCACUAAAAGACUUGAAGCAAAAGAACAGUAGUGCGAGAAAGUAUGAGAGAGAUGAGACUCUGUGGUUGACAAACUCUUUUGCUCUCACAUAGAAAGAUAACUUAUUUUCUUUUCUUUUCUUUUUUUUUUCUUUACUUUUCAGUGGGUAGUUUUAUAAUAUUUGGACAAAAGGGAGUUUGUCUGAAGAAAGCUAAAGAGUUUAAAGACCUUAAAGAGUUGUAAUGGUUUAUGUCUUUGGAGAAUCCUGAAGGGUUAUGAAGUGAGAGAGAGAUAAAUAGAAAGAAAAGAAAAAAAGAGAAGAGAGAGGUUAGAGACAUGGUGGGCUCAGGAGGAGAUAGAAGCAAAGAUGCUGUAGGGAUGAUGGCACUUCACGAAGCACUUAGGAGCGUAUGUCUUAACUCAGACUGGAUUUACUCUGUUUUCUGGACCAUUCGUCCCCGACCGAGGGUCCGUGGUGGUAAUGGAUGCAAGAUUGGUGAUGAAAGUGGCAGCUUGAUGUUGAUGUGGGAAGAUGGGUUUUGUGGAGGAGGGAGAAAUGAAGAUCUUUGUCUGGAACCAGACAUUGAAAGUGAAGAUCUUGUCAGAAAAGCUUUCAGCAAGAUGUCCAUUCAGUUAUAUAAUUAUGGAGAAGGGUGGGUGCUGGAUUGAUGGGUAAAGUUGCUUCUGAUAAAUGUCACAAGUGGGUAUUCAAAGAACCAUCUGAAUCUGAACCCAAUCUUGCCAAUUACUGGCAGAGUUCUUUUGAUGCUCUUCCUCCAGAAUGGACAGACCAAUUUGAAUCAGGCAUACAGACAAUUGCUGUGAUUCAAGCUGGACAUGGUUUGUUACAGCUAGGUUCUUGCAAGAUUAUUCCAGAAGAUCUUCAUUUUGUGCUGAGGAUGAGGCAAAUGUUUGAAUCAAUCGGUUAUCGAUCCGGUUUUUACCUUUCCCAGCUCUUCUCUUCAAACCGAACCGGUGCUACUCCAUCCUCAUCCUUGGUUCCAAACCAGCAAUCUCAGUCUCAGCCUUUAGCUUGGGGAUCACACGCUCCAUUGUUACCUUCCCCUGGUUAUCAGAACCAAACACUACCUGCAUCAACAAGAUAUGGUUUCCUUCAAGAAAGCAAUGCUCCUCCUCCUCAGAUGCUUCCUCCAAUGGAAGAACAUGAAGAAGACAUCAAAUGGCCCAAUGGUUUAUCAUUGUUCAAUGCUUUGACUGGCCGUGCAGACGAAGCUAGUAGACUUCUAUUUAACCAGGAGCAGAACCCGAUGAAUAUCGAAAACCAGAACGAGUUCUUGAGCCUUGAAAGUCAUCCUAACAAGUUUAGAAGAAGCUAUACAUUACCAGCAAGAAUGGACUCUUCCUCAUCAUCAACCUCGCUCGAUCAGCAGCCACUAGAGUUUAGGAACAACUCCGGAAGCAAUGCAGGAAUGUACUCUGAUGUUAUGGAGACGUUCUUGAGGUGAUUUGACAAGUUCAAGAAUCAUGUUUAAAGACAGAGUUAAAAAGAUAAUGAAAAGCUUUUAGCUUAAUCUGUUUAAGACUGUCCCUUUGUUUCUUUCUUACAUCUCCCUCGUUGUUGCUGUUGUAACAUAUAUGUCUGAUUGUAUCUGCUUUUAUGUCAAAACUCUUUUUAACGUUUUAAGAUACUUUGUUACGUAUCAUAAGGAUUGUCACAUGAGAAAAAUCUGAUUCUCUUGGUGU